AGCGUGAGUUCGACAUUGACAGUUCGACAACACAAUAAUACAACGUAUGACAUUUCACUGGUUGAACAUUAUGCAAACAAAGAGAGACUUGUAAACAGGAAUCGCCACUCAUACUGCCGUUCUCAGCACAAAAAUAAACGCAAAAGUGACAAAUUGAAGAAAACGCAUCGAAUAUCAGCAGCUCUUGUUUUGUCUCUCAACCUCUCAUUAUUGUGGUUAUUUUGUUAGUUUGGCUUGUGUGCACUGUGCGACUGUGAGUGACAUAGUGGGGAAAAUACACAAAACAGCAGAUUCAUUUUAGGCUGACGAAUGUGCAGUUAUGACAAUACUUUUUCAGACGUCUCGAUAAGCAUAACUUGAAAUACGCAUCCGUAUUCUGAUUGAGUCGUUGCCUUUUUUGUGUGUGCGGGAAUUCAAUCAUGGAACAGGCUGAAAGUACAUUCCGAUUUGUGUACAGCUCUUCACUUGACCACAAAGUUACAAUUAAAAUUGGCACUUUGGAAGGACUGAAACACAAGCCUAAUUACGAAAAAUUGCUCGAGAAUCCCUUGCUUCGUUUCUCUGGUUUGUAUUUGGAUCAGUGCCCACCACUGUUGGUUCGCUUACAAUUAUUCAACAACGGAGAAGCGAUUGGAUUGCCUGUGACCACAGCGUACAAAGCAUUCACCAAACGAUACAAUUGGAAUGAAUGGGUACAAUUGCCUCAUUUGUUCAGUGAACUGCCAAAAUGUGCUAUGUUGGCUAUUACGAUAUUGGAUUGCGCUGGCGCUGGCAAAGUGACUGUAAUUGGAGGCACGACCAUCUCUUUAUUUGGCAAAAAUGGGGUCUUUCGUCAGGGUAACUUUGAUUUGCGAGUUUGGGCGGAUGUGGAUGCCGAUGGAGACUUCAAUACAAAAACACCAGGCAAAGGAAAAGACAGUUCGAAGAAUCAAAUGCAACGGUUGGCCAAACUGGCAAAAAAACAUCGUAAUGGGCAAAUUCCAAAAGUCGAUUGGUUGGAUCGUCUGACCUUCAGAGAAAUCGAAAUGAUAAAUGAACGUGAGAAGAGCGAAUCCGAAAAUAUGUAUUUGUUGAUUGAAUUUCCAACGGUUUUAUGUGAACAAACAAAUCAAACGUAUUCCAUAAUGUAUUUCGAGCCCGACGGAGAUCUUCGUUACAAAUUCAAUUCGAAACCGAAGCUGGUUACCGUGCCUGAUACCGAAAUUAUGCAGGAGAACUUAGUUGAACGUAAACAUCAUCGACUUGCACGUUCAGCACGUUCGGGGUUAAGUGAUCGUGAUGCUAAGCCAACGGCAGCCGUUCGAGAUCAAUUGCAUACAAUCGUAUGCUAUCCGCCAACGACAACGCUAACGAGCGAAGAACAAGAUUUAGUGUGGAAAUAUCGAUUUUAUUUGACAGGCCACAAAAAGGCCCUAACCAAAUUCCUGAAAUGCAUCAACUGGGAAACGAGCUCUGAAGUGAAACAAGCAAUUAUUCUGCUGAAACAAUGGACACCAAUGGAUGUUGAAGAUGCACUUGAGCUCCUCAGUCCAGCGUUCAAGCAUUCAGCUGUUAGGGGAUACGCAAUUACGCGUUUAAAACAGGCACCCGAUGACGAUUUGGUUCUAUAUUUACUUCAAUUGGUCCAAGCCUUGAAAUACGAGAAUUUUGAUGAUAUUGAGGAAGCGUAUAAUCGAAUUGCUGCCGACAGUGAUGUGAUUAAAUCCAUUGAUGACAGUGACAAUUUGGAAAAUAGCAGUUUUUCAUCGAAUACAGAUUCACAGCAAGCGGUGCAUUCCGAUAAUCAUUUGACGGUUCAGUCGCUUCAACAUCAUCACAAACGCAGCCCGAUGGACAAGAGUCACAUGGCUACAUCGCAAAUUGAAGACGGUGCACUACAUAUGAGUCGACAUACCAUCGCCAGUAAUGCCACGGAUCUGAAUGCAACCUCGUCCCUCGUUGACCAAUCGAAUGUCAGCCAAACGUUAAUCAGUGAGUCGUCAACGCCAGCCACAUGCAAUUUAGCAACGUUUUUGAUACAGCGCGCAUGCCGAAAUCCAACUCUAUCUAACUAUCUCUAUUGGUAUUUGUACAUUGAAUGUGAGUCACAUGACACGGUGCGCAAGCAAGACGAACGAGUCAAGCACAUGUACGAAACGGUGUUGAAAACCUUCAAACGAACAUUGAUGUCGAAUGCUGAGCUCAAAGCGAUCAAAAUCAAUUUGGAGAAGCAGCAGCUAUUCAUCGAUGAAUUGGUGAAGCUCGUGAAAAUUGUAUUCAAGGAGUCGGGCAAUCGUAAGAAAAAAUGCGAGAAAUUUCAACAAUUGCUGGGCGACAGUGAUUCAUUCCGCAUUAAUUUUUCGAAUUUCGAUGCAAUUCCUCUGCCACUCGAUCCAGAGAUUAUAGUUCGUGGAAUCGUGCCGAUGAAAGUUAGUCUGUUUAAGAGUGCGCUGAUGCCAGCAAAAUUAAGCUUUAUUACGAACACCAACAAUGAAUACGUGGCGAUUUUCAAAUACGGUGACGACUUGAGACAAGAUCAACUGAUUUUACAAAUGAUUACACUGAUGGACAAGCUGUUGCGACGAGAAAAUUUGGAUUUGAAAUUGACUCCGUACCGCGUUUUGGCGACAAGUUCCAAACAUGGUUUCAUGCAGUACAUCGAUUCGGUGACAGUGGCUGAAGUUCUGGCAACUGAGGGAAGUAUUCAUAACUUUUUCCGUAAAUAUCAUCCGUGUGAAACGGGCCCAUAUGGCAUUACUCCCGAUAUAAUGGAUACAUAUAUUCGAAGCUGUGCUGGAUAUUGUGUAAUCACGUAUUUGCUAGGAGUUGGCGAUCGACAUUUGGAUAAUUUACUGUUGACAACAUCGGGUAAACUGUUCCAUAUUGAUUUCGGUUAUAUUCUUGGGCGUGAUCCGAAGCCGAUGCCACCGCCAAUGAAACUCAGCAAGGAAAUGGUUGAAGCAAUGGGUGGUGUUAGUUCAGAUCAUCAUCAUGAAUUCCGUAAACAAUGUUACACUGCGUUUCUACAUUUAAGACGGCAUGCAAACGUUAUGCUCAAUCUGUUCUCGCUGAUGGUUGACGCAUCUGUUCCGGAUAUCGCUCUCGAGCCGGACAAAGCGGUGAAAAAAGUCGAAGAGAAUCUGAAGCUUGGCUUAACCGACGAAGAGGCAGUGCAACAUUUACACAAUCUAUUGGAUCUAUCGAUAACCGCAGUUAUGCCAGCUCUGGUGGAACAAAUACACAAAUUGGCGCAAUACUGGCGAAAAUAAGAAUAUUCGGGUCAUUGGAUCAGUGAUUAACAUUUAAUAUUCACAUUCAUUUCGAAUAGAAAAAUAGGCAAAUUUUAUUUUUGCAAUUAUCAUCAAAAAUAAUUAACAACAAAAAAUGAAACGAUAUGCUGUUAUUUUUUUCAAUUUAUGCGGUAAUUUAUUUAUCAUACAUUUCUAACUAAAGAAUGGGUAUUUUUUUCAAAAAUAAAUGAAACAAAUGCAGGUAUUUUCUUGAA